UUGCACCAGUGUUCGCCACAACUCAUUGACAAUAGCCUGUCAUCACGUUCCGUAAUUUCUUUCAGAAAGUGAAGUGACAAUUUCCCAAGAGUCUCCUUUCACCUGAAGUCCUCCGAAAUUGGAGGAAUCCUUCCAGUGCCUCGAGCUGUCAUCGUAUUUUCGGCUGCCAAUCAACUCGCAUGGAUCACUCCCAUAUUUUCCACUAAAAUUCAAUUUUGGAGUUGCAAAAUCACACGUGUCUGUCAAGGAGGUGGCGACACCGAGUAUUUAACCUGCCCAGUCAAGUAAAAAAUCUAAUAAACUGAUAAAUCCAAUUAUGAAGAGAAACUUCUCGUGAAGUUCACCUCGGAAUUUUCUCCCCAAAAACCCAAAAGACACCCAAACUCUCGAGAGCCUCUAAUUUCGGCGGGAAGCUGUAAAAGUUCGAAUUCGCAAUCAAAUUCGAUUAAUUUAUUAUUAGUCAUCAAUCCAAUAAAAAAGUCUCAACAAGACAAAACAACAAAAUAAAAAUCCUCCAUCAAUUAAAAUAAUUAAUAAAUUUAAACAAAACGAUUUUUAAUGCAAUAGAGAGAAAAGAAAGUCAGGGUAAAAUUCACAGAGUACAGAAGAUAAAUGAAAAUGGGAAACGCAAAGAUAAAGCAGCACUACGAGACAGCGAAAAAGACUGGAAUAAUGAAUUUGUCUCAGAGGAAGAUGCUGGAGUUGCCAGCAAAUCUCCAGAUGUUGGUGCCAGUGCUGAGAACCCUGGACCUCUCCCAGAAUAUGUUUAAGGUGAUUCCUGAUGAGAUCGGGAUAUACACGGUGAUGAAGCAGCUGAACCUGAGUCAGAAUAAGUUGAGGACAUUACCAGAUGCCAUCGGUCUCCUGGUGAAGCUGGAGAUCCUGAACGCCAGCUGUAACCUGAUAAAUUCGUUACCCGAUUCCCUCUCCAAUCUCUCCAACCUUAAACAGGUUAAUCUGUCUCAGAAUCACAUCACAGAGUUUCCCCUGGUGUUCAGUGGACUCAAACACCUGGAUAUGCUGGACGUCUCCAAAAAUAAGCUGACUGUGGUGCCAGAUGGGGUGGCGGGUCUUCACGUCACUGAGUUAAAUCUCAAUCAGAAUCAAGUGGCCGUCCUCUCGGAGAAGAUCGCCGAGUGUCCCAGGCUGAAAAUCCUCAGGCUCGCGGAGAACUGCCUCCAGCUGAACGCCAUUCCUCCCAGAAUUCUCAAGGACUCCAAGAUAUCUAACAUAGCUCUCGAGGGGAACCUCUUCGAAAACAAACAGAUUGCACAUCUCGAGGGGUAUGAUCAGUAUAUGGAACGAUUUACUGCUGUCAAGAAAAAAAUGUUCUAAUUUUUACGGAGAAGGAAACACAUGGAGAAACAUUUUAGAGGAAAAUUUUGGAGGUCCAGUGGGAAAAUGAGAGAAUUCCAAUUUUGUAUUUUCGUUCAAUUUCCAUUGAUCUCGGAAACUAUUGGUUCUAAACGGAAAUGUUAAAAGAUCUUCUUUGUAGCAAAUUUAGUCAGCUGCAAAAAAGUCCACUAAUGUUUUUUAUACGAAUCCAUAGUUCUAGCGGAAAAACGAAAUUUAUGAAAUAUGGUAAACCUUAAUUGUUUCAAUUUAUGCUGAAUUCUUUGCUAGGAAAGAGGAAAAUACGAUAAGAACUAAAUUAGGACCAGCAAUGAAUUUUUCUGUGUUUCUGUCAAUAAUUCAUGUUAAUACGGGAAAAAGAUUUGUCAGCAAUUCCCUUCGUACUUUGUGUCGUUUCCUCAAAUUUUUCACUGCAUUCGAAUUUUCAUCGGAAAUUCUUCUCCGUAAUGACGAAUCCUCUCGAUUGUGUUCAGUUGGGAGCUAUUGAGAUUUUUUUCUCCGAAUAUAUGUGGUUAUUGUAAUAGACCAUUUGUACCUGCACCUUUACGAUUUUCUAUGACUUCGGACGAAAGAUUAAUAGGAGAUAGUUUUCUGUAUUAAUUGUGAAUAUUAAUGAUGUAUUUAAAAGUUGAGGAGAUUGAGAAUUAAAUAAAAUUUGUGGAAAUUCA